UCAUAAAACCACAAUUCUCUACCAACUCAAUCUCCUCUAAAGCUCUCUCUUUCAUCAAUAUUUAUCUCUCCCUCUUAAGUCAACCAACAAUUUAAACUCUACCUAUAAAGGAAAAUGGAUCAAAAAUUGCCUGUUAUAGCAAAAAAAUUAUGGAAGAUAGUUACGGUGGCUUACUUCAUGCUGAAAAAAGGGUUAUCCUCAAAGAGAAAAUUAAUAUUUGAUCUCAACUUAUUAAUGAAACGUGGCAAGAUUGCUGGCAAAACCGCCAUCCAAAAUCUCAUGUUCCACGACCAUAAUAAUAAUAAUACACAAGGCCAUCACUCAUCGUCCAAAGACUACUACGAGUUCAGCUGCAGUAACAACUCAGCUUUUCACCUCCCAUUCCACCUGAACAAGCGCAUUAAUAAGCAAAGUCACCUUGAACAUGUCAUUGAAGAACACGAAGAUGUUUCAAUGAUGAAUGCUGCUGUCUUUAAGGCAUUGGAGAUGAUACAGAGUGAAACAGCAUCACCUGCUUUGCCUGGAUUCGGGAGGACACCUACUGUGAGGCAAUUAAGGAUCACUGACUCUCCUUUCCCUUUAAGAGAUGGAGCAGAUGAGGGUGACAUGAUGAGCCACGUAAACGAGAAAGCUGACGAAUUCAUUUCUCGAUUCUACAGAGAUUUGAGAAGAGAGGCUUCUGUUUUUGCUUAAUUAAUUUGUUUAUUGGGCUUUAGUUGGCAAUUUUUCCUUGCAGAAUUCAUACAUGCUAUAGUGGCCUGUGUAAUAAUGUCCAAAGAGCUUACAUAUUUGCAGAUUGGAAGCUUUGAAUACUGAAAAUUAUUUUUAGGGUUUCCAUUCUGUCUUCGGAAAUAUUUUUAAUAAUAAUUUCUUUUUAUGA